CAUAUAACAUAUAAUCGCAGAUUAACGUCCAGGUUACAGAAGAGAAAUGAUAAAUGUUGUAUAAAAGUUGUAUAAAUGUAUUUAUGUCUUUUACACCGACAGUUUGUUGACACUUGUUUCCUCUGAUUCAAUCUGGAUCAUUUUAUUGAUUAUUGACCUACUUGAUUGGCCCCCCUCUGCAGGUUGGCUCCGCCCCAGCUGGUAGAGGUGACACCUGUCAGCCAGCCAGUUGCCAUGGAUACAGGAAGAUCGUGCUGCUCUCAGAUCUUUGUCAACCAUCGAUGUUUCUCUGGUCCGUUUCUCAACAAAGGACGAAUCUCUGAGCUGCCGCAGAGCGUCGGACCUGGCAAAUGUCCUCUGGUCCUCAAACAGCUGCUGAACAUGCUCAUCAACGCUGCAUACAAGCCCGGACGAGUCCUGAAGGAGCUGCAGGAGCUGCAGGAGCAGCAGGAGCAGAGCUGGGACUGUCAGGAGGAGACGCUCAAAGCCAAAUAUAAAGGGAAAAGUUAUCGCUCCACGAUCAGGAUCGUCCGCGUUGCCGAGCACGUCCCCGCGUUCUGUCGUUACGUGUGUGUGAAGCUUCAGUGUUGUCCAAACCUCCUCAGUCCCGUCCUCAUCGCUGACCAGUGUCCAGAGAAGUGUUCUCUUCAGACCAAAACCAAGUACACUUAUUACCACAUGAAGAAGAGGAAAGUGUCCAGAGCUGCAGCCGGAGAAGAAACCACGGAGACACAAGUGUCCAAACCCACGCGUCGCAGGAAGAAGAGGAAGUCCAUCUUUGUCCAGAAGAAAAGACGCUCGUCCACCAUGGACUUCACCUGUGCUGGAUCUCCACAGGACAGUGAUGAGGAAGAGGACCAUGAAGAUCUGAGUGAAGGAAACACUGACGUGUCCUCUGUGGAAGUGUCCAGCAGUCGUCCUCGUCGGGCCGCCACGCUGCGCCGGGUCGUCAGUGCAGGAAACGCCACGAGCAGCCGCAGCGUCGGCGAAGGUCGCAGGAGGUCGACCCGCUCGCUGUCGGCACAGAACCAGAACUACGACAAGAACCAGACACCGUCAAAGAGACAAGACACACAGGUGAGACAGAGGUUCUGUCCUCACAUCAGUUCAUGUUGUGUGUUACAGGACGUGGACGGUCAGGCGUUGCUGCUGCUGACUCUGCCCACAGUUCAGGAAUGUAUGGACCUGAAACUUGGCCCCGCCCUCAAACUGUGUCACCACAUCGAACGAGUCAAAGUGUCUUUCUACAGACAGUUCGCCAACUGAUGGAGGGUUGAUUUACUGCCCCCUGGUGGAAGGAAUACACAGAGGAGGUGGAUCCAUGUGCAGAAGACGACUUUGAUUUCAUGAUUCAGCUUCAUAACAUUUAGGUUUAUGAUUAUUGACCUGAAAGUCAAAUAAAACAUGUAUGAAAUAUAUUUAAGAGCCCAGGAAGUAAUAUAUUUGUUAUAUUUAUUCCACUGUCGUCACAGAAGCUUCUUUGUGUCAUCUAUGCAAAACAUCCCAUAUUUUAAUAAACAAGAACAUUUA